UUUAUUUUCCCAGUGGCGGCGGCGCGUGUCUCAACCGCGAGCAUUCUCAUCGUUUCGCUGCUGCUUGGUGGAAUUGAUCAACUUUAUGAUUGCCUACUUCGGUUCAGUAGACACUGGAGCUUCACGACUAAGCAAUUGCGCGGCAGACUUCCCUGUGUGAAUGGGUAACCUAUUUUCUAUAGAGCCUCCUGAGUCGGCAUUAGACCGCGGGAACCGCCUAAGAGAAGAGGCAUGGGCCCACGCUCAGCGCGCAAGGGACCUAGCCGCGGAUUCGCAGGCCGCUUACCGGCGACGGGAUGGUGCACGCGCCAAGCAGCUGAGCGACGAACGGAAGCGGUAUAAAGGGCUCGCCGACAAACAACAUCGGGAAGCGAGCAAGCUGAUUUUCGAAGGCAAUAACGAGGGUCGAGGCCAUGACACGGUAGACGUGCACGGCUUGCUGGUCGAGGAGGCGUUGGAGCAGGUCGCUCGGCGCGUUGGCGAAGUGAAGGAAAGGGACGGAGAGAGAUUAACGGUGAUAACUGGGCGUGGAUUACACUCCAGAGGAGGAGCGGCCAGGAUAAAGCCACAGGUGAUGGAGUGGGCGGAGAGAGAAAAGCUGGAAUGUGUGGAAGAUCCGAGAAACGCAGGAUGUGUGAUCAUUAAAAUUGAGAGGUCUAGGCCUCGAUCUUGCAGUAUUAUGUGAGGUAGUUGCUCUCAAGACCUGGUGCAGAAU